AAAGUCGAUACAUUCCCGGAGCUUCACGUUGACUAGCACAGAAUGAAGAGUUCUCUUUCUUUCGGAACCCUGGCGGUCCUCGCCUUGAAUCUCUCCGUGGCUGCCAAAGCAGUGCCAAACAGCGACAAUCUGGACGCCCUGGAAAUCGAUCCUAGUCGUCGUCUGAAGUCCUCCAAGUCGUCGAAGUCAUCCAAAUCCUCCAGUAGCAAGAAUACAUCUGCUCCUCUCCCGGUUCCUGUGCCAACGACCAAUCCUUCGGGCAUGCCUUCGACCGUCCCUACCGUGGCGCCACCUACCGACGCUCCCGUACUCGCGACUCCGGCCCCUACCGACGCUCCCGUGCUCGCGACUCCGGCCCCUACCGACGCUCCCGUGCUAACGACUCCGGUACCUACCACCGCCCCCGACCUCGCUACCAUCGCCCCCACUUCCAGUAGCAAGAGCAGCAAGAGUAGCAAAAACGGCAAGUCCAUGAUGAAAAGAGGACGUUGAAAACUCAAUUGGGUCCGACUGUUACCUGUUGGAUAUUGGUGCUAUUGGAACGUUUUAGAACCACAAUGAACCGUGCGGAGUUCCGGAAGCGCGUCUACUUAAGCCCCUCGAAGUAAAUCCUUGGGACUUUAGUAAAUUCAUUCCUAUGACACAU